CACCCUGCUCUUUUAUGAGACCUAUGGGAAGAAUUCCAUGGACCAGAGCAGCGCCCCACGGUGCGCCCUCUUUGUGGAGGACAGCAUCGUGCAGUCUGUCCCAGAGCAUCCCAAGAAGGAACACGUGUUCUGCCUAAGCAACUCCUUCGGAGAUGUCUACCUUUUCCAGGCCACUAGUCAGACAGACCUGGAGAACUGGAUCACUGCCAUACACUCUGCAUGUGCGUCCCUGUUUGCAAAAAAGCAUGGGAAGGAGGACACCGUGCGCCUGCUGAAGAGCCAGACACGAAGCUUGCUUCAGAAGAUCGACAUGGACAGCAAGAUGAAGAAGAUGGCGGAGUUGCAGCUGUCUGUGGUGAGCGACCCCAAGAACAGGAAGGCCAUUGAGAACCAGAUCCAACAAUGGGAGCAGAACCUGGAAAAAUUCCACAUGGACCUGUUCAGGAUGCGAUGCUACCUGGCCAGCUUGCAAGGCGGGGAGUUACCAAAUCCCAAGAGUCUCCUUGCGGCUGCCAGCCGCCUGUCCAAGCUGGCCCUCGGCAGGCUGGGUGUCCUGUCUGUUUCCUCGUUCCAUGCUCUGGUGUGUUCUAGAGAUGACUCUGCUCUCCGGAAAAGAACUCUCUCACUGACCCAGCGAGGGAGGAACAAGAAGGGCAUAUUUUCUUCAUUAAAAGGGCUGGACACCCUGGCAAGAAAGGGGAAGGAGAAAAGGGCUUCUAUAACCCAAGUCGAUGAACUUCUGCAUCUCUAUGGGUCAGCAGUGGACAGUGCUCCCCGACACAACAUGUGGGACAUCCAGACUUACAUUCACUUUCAAGAUAAUCAGGGAGUCACUGUCACGAUCAAGCCAGAGCACAAAGUGGAGGACAUUUUGACUUUGGCAUGCAAGAUGAGGCAGUUGGAGCCCAGUCACUACGGUCUUCAGCUUCGAAAAGCGGUAGAUGAAAGCAGUGAGUGGCGGGUCCCUGCACUGUAUGAGUACAUGCAAGAGCAGGUAUAUGAUGAAAUAGAAGUCUUUCCACUCAGUGUUUAUGAUGUGCAGCUCACGAAGACUGGGAGUGUGUCUGACUUCGGGUUUGCAGUCACUGCUCAGGUGGAUGAGCAUCAGCAUCUCAGCCGGAUAUUUAUCAGUGAUGUUCUCCCUGACGGUGUGGCAUAUGGGGGAGGGUUGAGAAAGGGCAAUGAAAUCAUGACCUUAAAUGGAGAAUCCGUGUCUGAUCUUGACCUUAAGCAGAUGGAGGCCCUGUUUUCUGAGAAGAGUGUUGGGCUUACCCUGAUUGCCAGGCCUCUGGACACAAAAGCAACCCUGUGCACUUCCUGGUCAGACAGUGAUCUGUUCUCCAGGGACCAGAAAGGAUUGCUGCCUUCUCCCAACCAGUCCCAACUGCUGGAGGAAUUCCUGGAUAACUUCAAAAAGAACCCAGCAAACGAUUUCAGCAACGUCCCUGACAUCACAACUGGUCUGAAGAGGAGCCAGACAGAUGGCACUCUGGAUCAAGUGUCUCAUAAGGAGAAAAUGGAGCAGACAUUUCGGAGUGCUGAACAGAUCACUGCACUGUGCAGGGGCUUCAACGACGCCGAGACCAAAGGCAUGGAGGCACCAAGGGAAAGUCAGGACCCACCUCCCCGGCCUCUGGCCCGCCACCUGUCUGAUGCAGACCGCCUUCGAAAAGUCAUCCAGGAGCUUGUGGACACAGAGAAGUCCUAUGUGAAGGAUCUGAGCUGCCUCUUUGAAUUAUACUUGGAGCCUCUUCAGAAUGAGACUUUCCUUACCCAAGAUGAGAUGGAAUCACUUUUUGGAAGCUUGCCAGAGAUGCUGGAGUUUCAGAAGGUUUUUCUGGAGACCCUGGAGGAUGGGAUCUCAGCUUCCUCAGACUUUAACAUUCUGGAAACCCCCUCACAGUUUAGAAAGUUGCUGUUUUCCCUGGGAGGCUCUUUCCUGUAUUAUGCAGACCACUUUAAACUGUACAGUGGAUUCUGUGCAAAUCAUAUUAAAGUACAGAAGGUUCUAGAGCGAGCUAAAACCGAUAAGGCUUUCAAGGCUUUUCUGGAUGCCCGGAACCCCACCAAGCAGCACUCCUCCACUCUAGAGUCGUACCUCAUCAAGCCCGUCCAGAGAGUGCUGAAGUACCCACUGCUGCUCAAGGAGCUCGUGUCCCUGACAGACCACGAGAGCGAGGAGCACUACCACCUGACAGAAGCACUAAAGGCAAUGGAAAAAGUUGCCAGUCACAUCAAUGAGAUGCAGAAGAUCUACGAAGAUUAUGGGACCGUGUUCGACCAGCUGGUAGCAGAGCAGAGUGGCACAGAGAAGGAGGUAACAGAACUUUCCAUGGGGGAACUUUUGAUGCACUCUACAGUUUCUUGGUUAAAUCCAUUUCUGUCUCUGGGAAAAGCCAGAAAGGACCUUGAACUCACAGUAUUUGUUUUUAAGAGAGCUGUCAUACUGGUUUAUAAGGAAAAUUGCAAACUGAAAAAGAAAUUGCCCUCGAAUUCCCGGCCUGCACACAGCUCUGCUGAUCUGGACCCGUUUAAAUUCCGCUGGUUGAUCCCCUUAUCUGCACUUCAAGUUAGACUGGGGAACACAGCAGGGACAGAAAAUAAUUCCAUAUGGGAGCUGAUCCACACGAAGUCAGAAAUAGAAGGACGGCCAGAGACCAUCUUUCAGCUAUGUUGCAGCGACAGUGAGAGCAAAACCAACAUCGUUAAGGUGAUUCGUUCUAUUCUGAGGGAGAACUUCAGGCGUCACAUAAAGUGUGAAUUACCACUGGAGAAGACCUGUAAGGAUCGUCUGGUACCUCUUAAGAACAGAGUUCCCGUUUCAGCCAAAUUAGCUUCGUCCAGGUCUUUGAAAGUCCUCAGGACUUCCUCCAGCAGAGAGUGGCCCAGUGAGCCCAGCAAGGGCAGCUCGCUGGACUCAGAUGAGUGCAGCUUGAGCAGUGGCACCCAGAGCAGUGGCUGCCCGGCGGCCGAGAGCAGGCAAGACUGCAAGAGCGAGGCGCCUGGGCGGGACCCCAACACCGGCCUGGCUGAAUUUCCAGACGGUCUCAUUAAAGAGAGUGACAUUCUGAGUGAUGAAGACGAGGACUACCACCAUACUCUGAAACAGGGCAGCCCUACCAAGGACAUUGAAAUUCAGUUCCAGAGACUCAGAAUCUCCGAGGAGCCUGAGAUGCACCUGGCUGGGCAGCAGCCUGCCACGGGGGCGGGUGAGGGCCAGGAGGGAGGACAGCUGCCCAAGCUAGUACGGGGUCACUUCUGCCCCAUUAAACGAAAAGCAAACAGCACCAAGAGAGACAGAGGAACUUUACUCAAGGUGCAGACUCGUCACCAGUCUCUUGACAGUCAACCUGAAAAUGCCAACAUUGAUCUAAAUUUGGCUCUAGAGCGAGAAUUCAGUGUCCAGAGUUUAACUUCGGUUGUCAACGAAGAGUGUUUUUAUGAAACACAGAACCACAGCAAAUCAUAGUGCAAUUCCAUCCAGACAUGGGUUACGUUGCUCAUUUACUUUUAAACUGGGAGUAAAGUGGAAAUUGCA